AUGGCAGCGGAAAAAGUUGAAACACCUGGAGCUAAAAAAAUAUCUGUUGAGAAGCAGAAGAAUAAGAAGAUGUUGAUGAAUGAUAGAGCUAUGGCUUUGAUGGUUGAUUACAGGGAGAAGCAAGAUAAGCAAAAGAAAGAGCAAAAGCUCCAUGCGAAGAAAAACAUAAUGAAAGUUGAUGGUAGCAACAAGAAAAAGAGUGGGAGUGGAUUUCAGGUGGGGAAGAGAAAAGUGAAGGUCAAGAUGACUGCCCUUGCUAAAGCUAAGGCUGCCCAGGCAAUGGAGCUUGACAACUGA